AUGGAGUUUAUUUCAGUCUUUAAAAUCAAGGUUAAAUAUUUAAAUAAGGUAACUUUAGGUACCCAAUUGGUACCCGAGUCCUUCCACACAACAAGUUUUGUUAGUACUUGUUGUUUGUUUGUUUGUUGUUACAUCUUUGUACCAUUUAACACAUUUUCUGGCAAACUCACCGAACCCGAUUAUGAUCAUCUUAAAAAUAGUAGUAGUAGUAUAUUUGUAGUUAUAAUUGUAACUUUACUAAAUGUUUCCAUCUGUAAAUCAAGUGGAGUGUUCAGGAGCGAUAUCAACAUUUCAAUCGUUGAAACCUAUGAAGAAAGUAACUUCGAGGAGUACUUUUCAAAUCAUGAAGUAUUUUGGAUCACUGGUAUUUUGGUUCCUAAAGACGGCUGUUCUGCCGGCACAACCAGGAUAUGUUUCAUCAUCGAUAAUGAGAAGAGCACGACUUCUCAGUAUUCUUUCGUUAGUCAGCAUCGUCAUCUAUAUAUUGUGUUCAUGUUUCACACCGAGUUUUCUCUAUCCAUUUUUCCUGGUGGCUUCCAUUGCCAUCUUUAUCAACAUCAUCAUUGGCGUACGCUUCCAAUUGUAUACUUCGACUUCACUCAUCUACAUAGUUAUUCAAGCACUCUUAAAUAUCUCGACAGCACUCUUUUACUUUACACAAAUCCCUAA